UGUGUGUGUGUGUGUCGUGACGCAGCCGCACGCGCAGCUGGACAUCAGAGAGGAUCAAAGCGUCUGUGCUUGUGUCCCGUUAAGCUCAGUGAACACACAUACAGUAUUUUUGUUUUUUCCUCUUCUUUCGUUUCUGAUCUGUGACCGGUGAAGGAAUGAUUUCAGCACCGCGGACAGCAACAAAACUCCCGUACUGCCACGAGUCUUUUCAUAAUCUCCAGGAGCUGAGACAUAGUGCGUCUUUGGCCAACAAGGUCUUCAUUCAGCGAGACUACACAGACGGCACCGUAUGCAAGUUUCAGACCAAGUUUCCUUCGGAGUUAGACAGCAGGAUUGAAAGGACACUGUUUGAGGACACGGUGAAGACGCUGAAUAAUUACUAUGCUGAGGCGGAGAAGAUCGGAGGACAAUCCUAUCUCGAGGGCUGCCUCGCUUGCCUCACGGUUUACCUCAUCUUCCUGUGCAUCGAGACACAAUAUGAAAAGGUGCUGAAGAAGAUCUCGCGGUAUAUUCAGGAGCAGAAUGAGAAGAUCUAUGCUCCUCGAGGUUUACUCAUCACCGACCCUAUAGAAAGAGGCAUGCGAGUCAUUGAAAUAAGUGUGUAUGAGGAUCGUGGAUCGAGCGGUUCGAGCUCAGGCAGCAGCACAACUAGCAGCAGCGGACGAUAAUUUACACACAAAUGAGCACUGUAAUCCUCACCCUUCCUCAUGUGUACUCGUGGUCCAUGUCUGCCUUCAUACUGAUGCUCGUUGAAACAUCAGCAUCGCCAAACUGAAACUGCACUGAGACACGUCACAUCAGCUGUAUCCAACACAUCAUUACCUCAGACCUGCACUUCAUCAGGACAGACGUUACCACGGUAACAGCAUCUCCACGUGAUCUUCCAGCACCUUCAGACCUCAUAUAAGUCAUAUACUGUAGCAUUCUGGGUAAAGUUUACAUUAAAUUCCGCUCCCUGUGAUAUGCAACUUCAACCCUGCCGUGUGAUGUAGCAUGCAAGAGUCUUCCAUUGUACUUUAAUAUUGUUUGUUAUUUUUGAGCUUUUGUUUUUAUGUGUUUGGAGAUGAGCAUUCUUACUAUAAUUUUUUGGGAAAAAGAUUAAAUUUGGUAAUUAAAAAAAGAACAACAUGAGUGUGGCCAUGCCUACAGUAGAUAUUUUAUAAAGGCUUCACACACUGCCAUCUGAUAGCAUUUGGGUUAUGUGUGACUUUACAUCAGUUUUUUAUUGUGGUGUAGAAACCAUUAGCUUUUUACUCAUAAUAAUAGAGCGAAAAAGUGAACACUUCACUGCCAAGGCAUUUACCUUCAUUGUGAGCUUCCAUUUUUAUAUUGAGAACAUUUGGCCUUUAUUUAGGCAAAGAGAAGUUAACUCAAAAUAAUUAUGAGUGCUUUUUCUGUUGCGUAGUAAAGUGAAUAAAUGAACAAUGAAUAAAUAAUUUAACUCAAAUUA